AUGAGAUGGCAGACAGAACUGCUUCGUGCGCGUCUGGGCCUUUGGACUUCACGCCGCUGGGAGGCGACGCUGGCGAGCGAGCCGGAGAGUGUGUGGCGAGAGAUCCUAGCGGCUUCUGGCUGGAGGAUCAGCGUGGAGAUGGUGCUGGCGCGGAACUAUUGCAACUUGCUGGGCCGAUGCACUGAGAACCUGCCUUUGGUGGAGCUUUUGAAACGACAUCUGCUUCCCAGUGCCUUAGCCCUGAACGAGCUCAAUAAGUUUCCGCACUUCUCGGCCGCUGAGACCUUGGAGAAGGAGUUCCAAUCCCUCGCGCAGGUGGAGUCCGGCAUCCGCCGGGCGCACAUCUUGAUGUGCUCCGAGCCGCCGUUCUUUUGCCAGAUGUUUCGGGGCCUUGGAAAGCCGAUCUUUGGGUACAUCGGCAACCCCUUUGGUGCCUACUUGCGUCCUGGGCAUCCCCAGGAGGGCAGAGACAGCCGGAGACAGCGGAGACAGCACUGCACCGCGCGCGAGAGGGUGCUGUGA